AACACAAGUUAGAUGGCACCCAAGGUGGAUUUCUGGCCUCUGUACAUAGCACACACUUGUACAUGUACUCCCCGCCCCACUCAUCCACUCAAAAAAGAUAACCAAAGCCGGAUAUGGCGUUGCACAUCUGUAAUCCCAGCCCUGGGGGCGGGGGUGGGGGAGGCAGGAGGGUCAGACGUUCGAGACCCAUUCUUGGAUACGUAAUGAGUUUGCGGCCAUCCUAGACUGCAUGCAUGUGAAUCUUCCCGAGAGACCUUGGGGUGCUCAUCUCCCUCCUUUUGCAGACGCCCCCCAGCAGCUGGCCACCAGCUCCUUCCUGCUCUUCUUGCUGGCAGGCAUCAUCUCCGUGGCCUUCCUGCUACUGCCGCUGCAGGACGAACUUGGCAGCCAGCUGCCUCACGUCCUGCAUGUGUCCCUGGGACAGAAGCUGGUCGCGGCCUAUGUCUUAGGUCUCCUCACCAUGGUGUUCCUCCGGACCUGAGCUCUUCGCCGAACCUACCCUCCCCUUCGCAGGCAGGGACCUAAGGCAGCCACUGUGAUGUUUGCACCUUGCUCCUUUCUCUCCCUUCCGCCCUUCCACUGAUUGUCAUCCUCCCCACAACAAACACCCAGGGAUUUGUACUCAUUUUCCAAGUUGAAUAAAAUACAUUUUAAAAAUCAAAGCGAGAAAUGUA